ACGCGUGCCGCGGCAGAGCUUGCCAUCGCUGCUCAACUGAAUGCGCCCCCGCCUGCUCGCUCUGUGUUUGACGUCGACGAUGGCGCGUCAUUACUCAUGGCGUUCAGAGGCCUGCGCGCGGAGGCUGCUACUGAGGGUGCUCUCCACGAGAGCGUCGCGAAGGAGCUUCAGACUGCAGUGGCUGAGCCCUUUGAGAAGUGGGCCGAGGGGUAUAAGGAGCGCCUUCAUGGAAGCAAGGCAAACCUGCUCGAUGGCUGGAUGUACUCUUAUGAGGUUGCACAGACCGAGGUCAACAAGCUUAAGAGUGACUACCUGACCAAAACCCGGAAGGCGGACGAGGCCGAGGAUGACGCCCGCUUUGCGCCCAUCACACACCCUGUGGGCGACCAGUACACUUCGUCGCCGAAACUGAAGCCCCUCGGCGCGAACCCGAAUGCGGCCCCGCGCGCACCUCAGCGCCAGGCGACGAUGUCCGAGCGCAUCACGCAGCGCCUCAAGGAGUUCCGCCUCAACGCUGGUACGCAGGCGCACCCUCGCGCCGCCCCGAAACCAGACGUGCAAUUUGAUGCGGAUAUCGAGGAGGAGAAGGCGGGCCCUAAGCUCGACAAGGGCAAGGGUCGUGCUACCGACAGCGGUGCAAGCACUCCGCAGCGCGUGUUGUCGCCGCCGCCCAUUGAGAUGCCGCCGGCAGCAGCGAAGGUCGCGCCGCCCAAGCUGGAGACAGACCCGGUCCCGCCACCGCCCCUGCCGCCCCUGGAUGUCGCGGGCAUCUCGAUGACGCCCACGGAGGUGUCGGCGCUGAUGAAGAAGGCGAAAGAGGAGCUUCCCUUGCGCCCGGUGCGCUUCCCGCUUUUGGGCGAGUACCAGGACUGCUUCUCGGGCGAGGAGUUCGCGAGCUGGCUUAACACGAACGUGAAGGCGUUCGAGGGCAACCUGGACCACGCCGAGGUCGCAGCGCGCGUUCUUACCGAGAAGUACAACCUGCUCCGCCGGCUGGGCGAGCUCGGGAAUGACUUUGAGAACGCGGACGACUCGUUCUACCAGUUCCGGCCCAAGGCUUUCACGCUUGAUGCUUCUCCUCCUCCGCCCAAGGCUGCUGGUGCUCAAGUCCUUACGCCCAUGGACAAGUUGUCUCCGCUAACCCAAAACAUUGCUGAGCGUACCGGCGGAUUGGCGAACCUCGUGUCGAAAGCGUUCGCUGCAAACACGGAGCCGCCCUACGUCCGUGCCCGGCGCGACGCGGAAGUUGCCGACCAGGAGUACCGUGUCGCGGUACGGAAGCUCGACAGGCAGCGUCUCGGCCUUGAGGAGCGCAUUGAGGACACCCUCAAGACUCUGCAAAAAUGGGAGCUGGACAGGCUGCGCGCUGUCAAGACUGUCCUCACGCAGUACUACAACACGCUCGCGAAGGUGUCGAAGGCGUACAGCACGGCGAACGAGACGAUCGAGAUGCUCAUCGCCUCAUACCAGCCCGAGCAGGAUAUCAAGGUGCUCAUCGAACGCUACCGCACGGGGCCCUUCCGGCCCGUCGCGCAGGUGUACGAGUCCAUCUCGCACGACGAGUCCGACGUCGUGUUCGGCAUCGACCUUCGCCGCUGGGCGGACAACGCGUACUGGCACGUCGCCGGCCCCGGGGGGUUUUCGCGCAAAGGACGACCGCACGAAAACCGUCCAGAACUCGUCGCGCACUCGGUCGGAAACGGGCGCCUAAUCAAGCGUGGCUCGAAACGAUGA